AUGUCAGCUAUAAAAUAUGCCAGUAAUCUCAUGUCUUCAACGGUGAAAACGUUAUAUUUGGAUGCGGCAACCGCUGACAUUCAGUUUGACUUCAGUUCAGCCGAUGGCAAAUCCGAGCGAGUACCGGCGCACAAACUGCUAUUGUCAACCGCAAGUGUGGUAUUUCGCAAUAUGUUCGACGGAACAUGGAAACGGAAGAAAGUCAUUACCAUUGACGGUACACCGGUUGCAGCCCUCAAAGAAUUUCUGCAGAUAUUCUACCUCAAUGAUAUUGAACUGACCUCGGAAAACGUAAUCGAGGUCAUUGCGUUGGCCAAGAAGUAUGGUGUCGUCGAAUGCUCGAACAUUUGCGGCCGUUUUUUGGAAAACAAUCUCACAGAUGACAAUGAAUGUAUGGCUUAUGGAUUGGCGGUGCGAUUUGGCCACGAUGAAUUGAAACGUUUGUGUGAGGCCAGCAUCAGCAUCAAAGCCGCGGCAGUGCUCAAAUCGCCUGGCUUCUUGAAAUGUGAUCAGAAAACCAUUGGCCAUAUUCUGAAAUUGGAUACACUGUCAUGUUCAGAGACUGACGUCUUCAAUGCAUGUGUGGAAUGCGUCAAAGCAACCAGCAAACAAGAUACAUUGACCAAGGAAGCGGUUCAAGCUCAUCUCGGCGACUCAUUCUACGACAUUCGCUUUGGUUCCAUGAAAAUGGACGAAUUUGCCGCUAUUUUCGAAUCGUAUUCGAUGACAUCGUUGUUCUCAGCAAAAGAACACAAGGAAAUUGUGCAAAUGAUCACCACAGAGAAGUACAAGCCCGAAAUGUUCAAUGGAAAACGUCGCCGGAGCAACUGGGACCACUUGCCCAUGCUCCAAUUUUCACGCAACUUCAGUUUCGUCAAGGACCCAAACACCCUUGAUAACGAUGAAGAGACAACAUUCUCCUCAAGUGAACCGUUGUUGUUGCGUGAAAUC